AUGUAUGAUGUUGUGUACCGCGCACAGGCUAGACCGUCGAUAGCUGUGCACCUUAUCGUUGGGCGCGCUAUGCAGCGCAACGUUCGUCGCGCGUUGCAACGAGGCUGUGGGGUCGCUCUUGCCGCACGCCAGCCUAGCGGUGGCGCACUGCGGAGCGCUGUGCCUGCCUCGAGCCAGCGCGGAUCGUCAUAUAACUAUAACGCGCGAUUGCCUUCGCAACCGACGCCUGGUGCGCGUUGCCCGGCGCGGCACGUCGAGACUCGAGCAUCCGUGUGCUUAGUGGCGGUGGAUCGAGAGGAGCGGAAGGUCGCCAAGACGGAGAGAAAGGAGGCGGACGGGUCCUGUGGAUCGGAUGGGUCCCCUGACCUUCUCGCGCUGAUACAACGGCGUCGCGAAGGCAGUGCUGUGAUACGGAUGGUCGUGAGAGGACCUGCAUCCGACGCGACCUGA